CUCUCUCUCUCUCUCUCUCUCCAUCGUCUCUCUCACCUCUUCUACCCUUUUCCUUCAUCUGCACUCUAUCCUCCUCCUCCAUCUUCUUCUUCUUCUUCAUCUUAACUCUCCUUCCUGUCCUCUUCUUUCUUUUGACAUAGCUGUUUCAUAUCUGUUCUGGCUUUUAUAUACUCAAUCUGUGUUGCAGUACUCAAAUCAGUCUCUCUUUCUCUCCUCAGUCACUUUCCUUUUCUCUUUACUUUAUGUAAUUAUAUCCCACUUCCCUCACAAUAAAAUACCCAGAAGUGAUUUUUUAAGGGAAAAUUUUCUUAUAUUAAAAGUUUUUAAUAGUCUUUCUUGCUCCUUGUUUUCUGUUGUUUUUCCCUGUUGAUGUGGGCAUGGCCGGUUUGGAUUUAGGCACUGCUUCUCGAUUCAACAUCCACCAGCAGCUUCAGAGACCCGAUUUACACCUCCAUAGCCAACAAUCUGAAUCAGACGAUCACGAGGCGAUCAGCAACAACCACAACCAUCAAUUCUCCGGCGGCGACCAUCAUGACGAGGUGGGGCACCAAACCCUAGAGCUUGGUGGGGUCAGCACCGGCCAUGGCGUCGGCGACAUCGUGGCCCGGCGGCCCCGUGGCCGCCCCCCUGGAUCCAAGAACAAGCCGAAGCCGCCCGUGAUCAUAACCCGGGAGAGUGCCAACAGCCUCAGGGCCCACAUUCUCGAGGUUGGGAACGGGUGCGACGUCUUUGACUGCAUCGCUACCUACGCGCGGCGGAGGCAGCGAGGAAUCUGCGUGCUGAGCGGGACUGGCACGGUCACCAACGUGAGCCUGCGGCAGCCAGCGGCAGCCGGAUCCGUUGUGACGCUCCAUGGGCGGUUCGAGAUUCUGUCACUGUCUGGCUCCUUCUUGCCCCCACCAGCUCCACCCGGGGCCACAAGCUUGACAAUCUUUCUGGCGGGGGGGCAAGGCCAAGUCGUGGGGGGGAGCGUCGUCGGCGAGCUCAUCGCUGCCGGGCCAGUCAUCGUGAUCGCAGCAUCCUUUACCAAUGUUGCCUACGAGAGAUUACCGCUAGAAGAGGAGGAGCAGAUCCAGAUGCAGGCGGCAGCAGCGGCCGCAAGUGGUGGACACAACCCGUUCCCGGAUCCAUCUUCAGGCCUUCCGUUCUUCAAUUUGCCACUCGGUAACAUGGCCAACAAUAAUAGCAACACUGUUCAGCUCCCAGUUGACGGGUGGAGUGGAAAUUCAGGUCCUCGUCCUCCAUUUUGAGAAAAAUAGAAGAAAGAAAGAUGCGGUGGAUUGAAGCCGCAGUGUGAUCAUCGAUUGGGAAAGAGCCACUGUAAUAUCCAAGGUCAGAAAAAAAGUUUAUAGAUUUGUUAGUGCCAUAAUCAUGGUUUGACGUUCUGAUUCUGUUGAUCUUUCUAGCUUCUCCUGUUUGUAACUUCUUGAAUUUGGUUCCUUUUGGGUUCUGAAAAUAGUCUUUCUUCUCGAUUACUAUGUCGAAGUGCAAACUCCUUCCCGAGAAAUGGUUUGAGAAUUAAUUCAACUCUA